UGAUUUCACAUGGCCGCCAGGCAUCGCGCAAGGUCAGACUUCUGAGACCCUUCCUCUCCACCCCAACAACAGUCGCCCACCAUGGCCAAGGACCUAGACGACGACGCGUACAUCGCAGAGCUGCUGAAAGAAGACGCAAAGAAGGCGACCAAGAAAUACGAGCUCGUUGGCAUUGAUGCUUUCAAUCCGAGAAUGAAAUCUCGCGCACCCAGGCCGAACAAGGGCUUCCUGCAACACCUCAUCCGACAGACUGAUAGCCACAACUCUGCGCUCCUUGCCAAAGAGGCCGCCGAGUCUCGCGCCCGACUUAGGAUGAUGGACCGCGAGAAGAGGAAGGCGAACGGACAAGGGCAUGCAUGGGCGCCAAGCCGAAACGAUGCUGAGAGCGCAGAUAAUCCUGGACGGUUGGCGCCAUCAGAAAGCGCCAUCAACCGACCGGACGCAGAAUCGAGCAGACGACAGGGUCGCACAGAUGAUGAAAGUGGGCACAAGAUAAAGCGCGGAGAUAGAAAACGUGACCAUUCCACGGGCACAUCAUCUCGCCGGCAUCGAGAUAGAAGCAGAGAUGGACACUGGCACAAGAGGAGACACGAUAGUGAAGAGGAAGACAACUCCAGACGGAAACGGAGACGAUCAAGGUCGCCUCAGGACAAAGCGCCCAAGAAUAAAUACAGCAAAGAGCAAGAACGCUACAAGCCGCGGGGAAGAGACGACAAAGAUCGCAGGCACGAGCGGCGCAGGUCACACUCGCGAACAGCUUCUCGAUCCCGAUCACCCCAUUCUUCAAAGCACGGAAAACACAGCCGACAUCGAGACCGAACCCACUCCCUCAGCCCAAAGCGCAAACCCACCACCUCCAAACACUCCAAACCCAGCCGCCCCAACAAACGCUCUCCCUCCCCAGCAUCCUCCUCCUCUGACCCUCUCGAAGCCAUCGUAGGCCCCCUGCCCCCUUCCCGCUCACCGCCCGUCCGCUCCAAGGGCCGCAACGCGUACAAAUCACAAAGCGGCGGCAUCGAAUCACGCUUCUCCUCUACCUACGACCCCAGCACCGACGUGCGCCCAGCCUCCGAUGCAGAAGACGACUGGGGCGAUGCACUAGAAGCGCUGCGUGACCGUGCGCGCUGGCAGCAACAAGGCGCCGAUCGACUCAAGCAAGCGGGGUUCACGGAUGAUCAGGUGCGGAAGUGGGAGAGGGGGGAUGUAAUGGGGGAGGAGGAUGUAGUGUGGAGGAAGAAGGGGGAGGGGAGGGAGUGGGAUAGAGGGAAGGUUUUGGGGGAGGAGGGGGAUGUUGAGGUUAGGGCUGAUUUUGGGCGGUUGAAGUGA